CACAAAAUGAAACUGAAACAAAUACAUUUUUGAGAAAGAUGAUUUUAAAUGUUGAAACUCAUUUUUCAUCUAUAACUGAAUUUUUUAAAGACCUUCGACAGUAUCAAACAAAAGGAUCAGUAAAUAUGUAUCCAACUAUGCUUAUAUUAAUAGUCUUUCAAAUACCUUGUAGUUUAUUAAAUGCACGUAGAGCUACUGAAUCAUUUGCAUUAAAUCGAGUAUCCAAAAUACUUUUACAAACAUUUUCAACUUACAUAAUAACAAUCAUAAUGGAUCGUUGGUUUUACAUCAGGCGUUUUGUUCUAGGAAAAUUAAUUUUUCACUUGAUUUUUGUAACUGUAUUUAUUUUGCAAUUAAUGACAAUGUAAG